AUGGGGACCAUCGCUGCGCGCCUAAGCCUCGAUGACCUGAUCGAUCGAGAAAAAAAACUCCAUCUCUACUUCUGCGUCCACGACACCGGCCCAGGCUUGACUACAGAACAGAUCGGACGGCUGUUCCAUCGUUACUCCCAAGCCACGCCCAAGACUCACGUGACCUACGGCGGUAGCGGACUGGGCCUAUAUAUCUGCAGAGAGCUCGCAGAGAAGCAAGGUGGAGGAGUUGGUGUCGCGUCGCACCCGGAUAAGGGCUCGGCUUUCGCCUUCUGGAUCGAAACCAGAGCUGUAGCUACACCCGAGGAAGCAGCAGCAGGUUUGUCAGGACGUCUUUCGAAGCCAUUGUCCAUCAGCAGAGCUGGAAGCUUAGAAUUUAGCACAACGUCGCACUCCUCACAGGACUUGUCACACCGCCCGGGCCUCGAGUCUAAGCGAACGAUAAACCGACAUCAAGGAGGUUUCCACAUCCUACUUGUGGAAGAUAAUCUAGUCAACCAAAGAAUCCUGACCAAACAACUAGAGACCGCGCAAUGCACCGUCACAGUCGCAAACAACGGCGAAGAAGCCCUCUCUAUCCUCGAGAAGAGCAAUAUAUCGCAGAACAUAGAGCAACCUCCUCAUUCUACUUCAGACAAAGACGCCGACUUGAUUAGCACCGACUUGAUUCUAAUGGAUAUCGAGAUGCCGGUCAUGGAUGGAUUGCAAUGUACCCGACGCACCCGAGAAUUCGAGCUCGCUGGCCAGAUCAGUAGGCAUUUACCUAUCAUCGCGGUGACUGCCAAUGUCCGCCAAGAGCUGAAAGACGCGGCGCUCGCGGCUGGGGUGGACAGCGUGCUCUCGAAGCCUUGCACGGUCAGUGAUGUAUUGGUCAGGGUUGAGGAGCACUUGGUUGAGAGUCCCAGGUUGAGAUAA